AUGUGGUCCUUUCUGUGUCUGUCUUCCCUCCUCUCCCUUCCCCUCUGUUCCCUUUCCCUCCAGUUUUAUGGGGCCCCUGGUCAAUGGGUCCGUUACUCUCGUCCUACAUUAGCAAGUGGUAAUGGAGGGUGGGGAGAAGACCUCACCUUCCGGCUUCGAACCAAUGCCAGCCGUGGCCUACUCCUUUAUCAAGAUGAUGAAGGUGACUGUGAUUUCUUGGAGUUAGCUCUUGAUGGAGGAAGGCCACGUUUGAGGUUCUCUAUCUCUUGCUCAGAGCCUGCAGUUGUACGUUUACCUCGCGUGGUAUCAGACGGGCUCUGGCAUGGUAUAGUAAUUGGAGGUAAUGGUCGGGAAGGGUGGUUGGCUGUAGAUGGAGAAAGAGGAGCAGCUGAAGUGCGUUCAAAGCGUAGAGAAAUGAUUCUUCGCAGUGACCUUUUUGUUGGUGGUCUCCCUUCUGAUCUACGUUUAUCAGCUUUAACCUUGGGUGGAGCCAAAUAUGAGCCACCUUUUCUGGGUGAAUUAGAAGGGCUAAGGUUGGGAGGAAGGCCAGCUCAGUUACUGGCUAGCCAGGGGGUAGGAGGAACAGAAGAAGAGGAAGAGAGGGGGGAAGAUCGGGAGAGGGUCAAUUCAUGUAGAGGAGCAAACCCCUGUCUCAAUGGAGGAAGAUGUCGAGAUGAUGUGGAGGGGGAUGUACGAUGUGACUGUCGGGACACUGGAUACCAUGGAGAAAAUUGCUCAGAAGAGGAUCGUGUGAUUGAAGUUCCAGCACAUCUGACGUUAAGCAACCAAGGAAAAGAAGAAUAUGCGGCUACAUUCCGAGGAAACGAGUUCUUCUGUUAUGACUUGUCCCACAGCCCAAUUCAGAGCAGCGCUGAUGAAAUUACCCUCUCCUUUAAAACCCUCCAGCGGAAUGGACUGAUGCUCCAUACAGGAAAGUCUGCAGAUUAUGUCAACCUUUCAUUGAAGAGUGGUGCCGUGUGGUUGGUCAUCAACCUUGGAUCAGGGGCCUUUGAGGCCCUAGUGGAACCCGUCAAUGGCAAAUUCAAUGACAACAGCUGGCAUGACGUCCGUGUCACAAGGAAUCUUCGGCAGCAUGCAGGCAUCGGACAUGCUCUGGUAAACAAACUCCAUUACCUGGUCACCAUUUCAGUUGACGGGAUUCUCACUUCAACUGGAUACACUCAAGAGGAUUACACCAUGCUGGGGAGCGAUGACUUCUUUUAUAUUGGUGGCAGUCCAAACACAGCGGAUCUCCCAGGGUCUCCUGUCAGUAAUAACUUUAUGGGAUGCCUUAAGGAUGUUGUAUACAAAAAUAAUGACUUCAAACUAGAGCUGUCCCGCCUUGCUGCUGAUGGUGAUUCAAAGAUGCGACUAAGUGGGGAACUUCUCUUCCGUUGUGAAAAUGUUCCUUCAUUGGAUCCUGUAACAUUUCAAGUUCCUGAAGCCUUUCUACGUCUUCCUCGAUGGGAGACCAAGAAAGCUGGAUCAAUAUCUUUUGACUUUAGGACCACAGAGCCCAAUGGUCUUCUACUUUUCAGUCAGGGAAGACCACGCACUGGAGGUGGCCCAGCACAAGCUGUUCCUGGAUCAGUGGCCACUGGUAGGCCGGAAAGACCACCAAAAGCAGAUUACUUUGCAGUGGAGUUACUUGAGGGCACACUCUAUCUACUGCUUGAUCUUGGUUCUGGAGGAAUUAAAGUGAAAGCAAGUCACAAAAAGGUCAAUGAUGGAGAGUGGUGCCAUGUUGACAUCCAGAGAGAUGGCAGGAAAGGUUCUAUCUCAGUUAAUAGUAGAAACACACCCUUCCAGGUUGGCGGUGAUAGUGAAAUUCUUGAUCUCGAUGGAGAAAUGUACUUAGGAGGUCUUCCAGAACCAAGAGAAGAUCUGCAGCUUCCCCCUGAAGUCUGGACAGCCUCCCUUGGCUUCGGAUUUGUUGGUUGUAUUCGGGACCUUUUUGUUGAUGGCAAAAGUAGAGACAUUCGACGGCUAGCUGAAUUAGCAGGGGCUGCAGGUGUUGCUUCCUUCUGUACUAAAGAAACCCAGCGCCAUUGUACAAAUUCCCCUUGUAGAAAUGGAGGUCAAUGUAGGGAAGGCUGGAACCGUUUUAUCUGUGACUGUGUGGGGACAGGAUACCUUGGGGACACAUGUGAGAGAGAAGCAGCAGUCCUGAGCUAUGAUGGCAGCAUGUACCUCAAGGUCCUGCUUCCUGGUGUUACUCACACAGAAGCAGAGGAUGUCUCUUUACGUUUUAUGUCCCAGCGAGCUUAUGGCCUUCUUCUGGCAACUACCUCCAAAGAGUCUGCAGACACACUCCGACUAGAACUUGAUGGAGGAAAAGUGAAGCUUACAGUAAACUUAGACUGUUUACGGAUAGUAUGCGGGCCCAGUAAAGGUCCAGAGACUUUGUAUGCUGGCCAAAAGCUAAAUGACAAUGAAUGGCACACAGUGCGAGUACUCCGCAGAGGGAAGUACCUUCAGCUCAGCGUGGACAAUGUCACCGUAGAAGGACAUAUGGCUGGUGAUCACACUCGACUAGAGCUUCACCACCUUGAAACAGGCAUAAUGACUGAACGCCGUUUCCUUUCAGCCCCACCUUCAAAUUUCUUGGGUCACUUAACAGCUCUUCGCUACAAUGGUGCCCCGUAUCUUGACUUAUGUCAGGAUGGUGAAUUAGGCAGACGUUGUGAACUCAAUGCUCGUGCCGGUGGUCUUCGUCCACUGUUAGCUGAUCCUGUAGUCUUUCGGUCUGGACCAGCCUACCUUGCCCUUCCGCGACUUCAAGCUUAUGCUUCUAUGCAUCUUCUCUUCAUGUUUCGAGGUCGACACCCAGAUGGACUUCUACUUUACAAUGGAGGUCAGGGGCCGGACUUUAUUGCUGUGGAGCUGGUGAAAGGGUAUAUACAUUAUGUCUUCGACCUCGGGAAUGGCCCUUCCUUGAUGAAAGGCAAUUCAGAGCGACCGCUGAAUGAUAACCAAUGGCACAGUGUUGCUGUCUCAAGAGAUCCAGGAAAUGCGCACACUCUAAGAAUCGAUGGAAGAACAGUCACACAGCACUCUACAGGGGCAAGCAAUCUAGAUCUAAAGGGUGAACUAUAUAUUGGCGGGCUCCCUAGAAAUAUGUACGCCACUCUGCCAAAGCUAGUAGCAUCUCGAGAUGGUUUUCAAGGCUGUCUUGCCUCUGUGGAUCUCAAUGGUCGCCUCCCUGAUCUCUUGGCUGAUGCUCUCCAUCGAGUAAGCCCUGUGGAUAGAGGAUGUGAUGGUCCCAGCACAACAUGCUCAGAGGAGUCCUGUGGCAAUCUUGGUGUAUGUCUACAACAAUGGGAUGGCUUCAUAUGUGACUGCACUAUGACCUCCUAUGGAGGACCCGUCUGCAAUGAUCCUGGUACCACAUAUAUAUUUGGAAAAGGGGGAGCGCUCAUUACAUACACCUGGCCGCCAAAUGAUCGACCUAGUACAAGAGCUGACCGACUUGCAGUUGGCUUCACCACACAGCAGAAGGAUGCAGUUUUACUUCGAGUGGACAGUGCUUCUGGUUUGGGAGACUACUUGCAGCUUCACAUAGACCAGGGCACAGUGGGCGUGAUUUUUAAUGUGGGCACAGAUGAUAUAACUAUUGAAGAACCAGGGGCCCUGGUGAGCGAUGGAAAGUAUCAUGUGGUCCGAUUUACCCGUAGUGGGGGUAAUGCUACCUUGCAGGUGGACAGCUGGCCAGUCAACGAAAGGUAUCCUGCAGGGAACCCAGAUAGUGAAAGAUUGGCGCUUGCCCGUCAGCGCAUCCCCUACCGCCUGGGUCGUGUUGUAGACGAAUGGCUGCUAGACAAAGGUCGGCAGCUCACCAUCUUCAACAGCCAGGCGGUCAUCAAGGUUGGAGGAAAGGACCAAGGACGUCCAUUCCAGGGUCAGAUAUCAGGCUUGUAUUACAAUGGCCUAAAAGUGCUGUCCCUCGCUGCAGAGAGUGACCCCAAUGUCAGGACAGAAGGCAAUCUAAUGCUUGUUGGUGAAGUUCCAUCAGUCAUGACCACAGAGACUACAGCCACUACACUUUUGGCUGACAUGUCUACCACCAUAAUGGAGACAACUACGACCAUGGCCACCACAACUACAAGGAAAGGGAGAUCCCCAACUAUGAGAGACAGCAUCACACAGAAUUCUGAUGACCUACUUGUAGCCUCGGCUGAGUGUCCCAGUGAUGAUGAAGAUUUGGAAGAAUGUGAGCCCAGCACUGGAGGGGAGUUAAUAUUACCUAUAAUAACGGAAGAUUCCUUAGAUACCCCUCCCAUUGCUACCCGAUCCCCUUUUGUACCUCCUCCCCCCACCUACCGAACUGUCCUCACACUGGACACCACCAAAGAUUCCUUGAGUGUUCCUUCCAACUUGAGGCCACCAUGCCCUUCUGAGCAAGAGGAUAGUGAUUGCGAGGAGGGGAUAGAGGUCUCUGGUUAUGCUUCAGGGGAGGUAUUUGAAUCAAGUUUCCCUCCUACUGAUGAUGAGGACUUCUAUACCAGUUUUCCAUUGGUAACUGAUAGAACCUUACUAUCUAGACCAGAUAGUGCAGCACGGAGACCUCCAGGAUCUCGGCCAAAUACAAGGGCAGGAGGUUCAACCUCCUCUCCUUAUGACCUUCUCACCUCCACCACAUCCCCAGACCAUGUCCAGAAUAUCCCUGCCGGCAAAAUGAAUAACAGGGAGCCCGCCAAACCCAAUAUAGACCAUUAUCCCCAUAUUCCUACGUCCUUCCAGCUAGAUAAGCUGAACAAACAGAGGUUUCCAUCUAUAACUUCAUCCCCUAAUUUCCAAAAUUUCCCUACAGCAAAUCCUACAGGCUCAGGGGAGAAAGGGUCCCCAGGAGCAGUGGAAGUUAUCAGGGAGUCCAGCAGCACAACAGGAAUGGUUGUGGGAAUCGUGGCAGCAGCUGCUCUUUGCAUCCUGAUUCUCCUCUACGCAAUGUACAAGUACAGGAACAGGGAUGAAGGGUCCUACCAGGUGGACCAAACCCGGAACUACAUCAGCAACUCAGCACAGAGUAACGGUGCUGUGGUUAAAGAAAAGACAGCACCUGCCACUAAAACAGCUGGUAAGAGUAAGAAAAAUAAGGACAAGGAGUAUUAUGUGUGAAACUAUAAUAUGGACUCUCCCAAAUGUGGGAGUAUGGUUGAGCAACAUCUAACCAGCCAUUUAAUGGAGAUACCAGACUGACCCCAUGCUGUGACCAAUCAUUGACUAAGCAAAAGUGACUAAGCCCCAGGUCAACAGUUGGCUGUCACCUUAAUCAACUAUUCAAAUGCUUAAACAACUGCCAACUGUUAAAACCCAAUUACGGGUUAUCCAGACAUUAACCUUUGGUCAGCCAUUUGAAUGUCAAAAUAAGUCAACCUACUGUACUGUAUCUACAGUAAGCAAGGAAGCAUUCAUGGACAUAUCUGCUGUUAUUCAAAAUCAUCUGGCAGUGGAUGAACACCAACCAGUCUUUUACUAUUUGACCAUGAUCUGACCAUCUGUUGAAACAAUCCUGUGCCCAGUCUCUCAACCAAACUUUUUAUUUCAACCUUAAACAGGAAAAACACCUCUUGCUCAUUCAUGUUCAUUUCUUCCUCUUC